AUGCCAGGAUCGCAGGCGCUGCUGCUGGGGUUGGUGGCGCUGGCGAGCUUGAGGAGCUUAGGGUCGUGGGAGUUGAGCGAAUGCCGAAAAGAUGGGAGAGAGGACGAGGCAUGCAUCCUCUCUCGCCUCGACACAGAGGACGAUGUUCGGUCUGCGUUCGAUGCUACCUCGGUCAGGUACAAAGUGAUCCCAAACUAUCUGCACUCUCGAAUCCCAGAAAAAGACCGAGAUGUCACGCUUGUGACUCAGGGGAGUCUCGACAGACUGUCUCGGCUGAGAGAUCAGGCACUGUCAUGGAAGGGAUCUUUGUCUGCAGCCAUAUACUUCAGGCACCAUGAGCGGCAAGGGGAGAACUUGGAGAAAAACCUAGAAGCCCUGCGGGAGCUGCAUAGAGAGAUUGAAAUGCUCGGUAGCUGCCGGCUACGGAUAUCUUUGCUGUUUGCACUUGAUCCUGAAACCGCGGACAAAGAGUAUGAUACCUUGUACCCGAUCAACGCCCUCAGGAACGUGGCGGUCAGAAUGUCGUACACUGACCUCAUCAUGGUGAUAGACAUCGACUUUGUCCCUUCCAAAGGCUUCUGGGAGUACCUGACAGAGGAAGAGACCUACCAGUCCCUAGUCAGACGCGCGCAACAAGACCUGCACGUAUGGGGGUUGGUGUCUCUCGAACUCCACGAGACGUUUCUCUCGCUCCCUCUCACCAUCGGAGGGGUUGCCGAAUGUCUCAAGAACGCGAGCGUUGUGGUGGCAGAGACUUACAUUAACCCGGGAGCCCACGGCCCGGUGCAGAUCGAGACAUGGCUGGAGGCAAAGGAGGCAAAAGACUCUAGCAAAGUUCUCUCUGCUGAUCUACACAGCAGAUCUAUGGUCCUCUCCCAGACUUGA